AUGAGGCUGGUCCACCUGGACCUCAAGGGAGCUGCACCCAGGGUCUCCUACCUGGAGCAGGUUUUCCCCCUCCUGUCCCAGCUGGGAGCCAAUGGCAUCCUCAUCGAGUACGAGGACAUGUUCCCUUUCAAGGGGGAGCUGGAAAUCCUCAAGUCCCCGUACGCUUACAGCGAGGAGGACAUUGAGCAGAUCCAGCAGCUGGCAGAGCUCCACAAGCUGGAGGUGGUUCCCCUGGUGCAGACUUUUGGGCAUGUGGAGUUCAUCCUCAAGCACGAGAAGUACCAGCACCUGCGGGAGGUCGAGCGUUUCCCCAACAGCUUCAACCCCCAUGUCCCUGAUACCCUGGCUCUGCUCAAGAGCAUCUUGUCGCAGGUGAUCGAGAAGCACAGGCGCUCCACCUGGAUCCACAUCGGUGCAGAUGAGGUCUUCCAUCUCGGGGAGGGGAUUGACUCCAAGAACUGGAUGAGCCGCAACAAGGGUGACACGGGGACCAUGUACCUGAAGCACAUCAAGGAGGUGCUGGACUUCAUCACCACGCAGCACUGGGGGCUGCGGGCACUCAUGUGGGACGACAUGCUGAGGAAGAUCAGCGUGGGAGCCCUGCGGGAGUCCGGGAUAGCAAAGCACGUCUCGCCCGUGGUGUGGUUCUAUGCACCUGACUUCGAGGCUGAUCAGAUCAUGCCGUUCCUCGACAAGUAUGUGGAGAGUGGCUUUGAGGCAGUGUGGUUCGCCAGCGCCUUCAAGGGCACCACAGGACCGGCGCAGACCUGGCCCCCCCUGAGCUACCACCUGAAAAACCACCUGAGCUGGCUGAAGGUGAUGCAGGCCCUGCCGCGGUUGGCCCCGCUGCGCUUCCAGGGCAUCGUCCUCACCGGCUGGCAGAGGUAUGAUCACUACUCGGUGCUCUGCGAGCUGCUGCCCGUCGGCAUCCCCUCCCUGGCCGUCUGCCUGCAGACCCUGGUGAACGGGGGCUUCACGGAGGAGACAAAGAGGAAGGUCCUGGACACACUGGGCUUCCAGAGCAUGCAGCUGGAGCAGAGCACCUGCGAGGGCAGGGGAACGUUCCCUGGUGCGGAGAUCUACCACAUGGUCGAGCAGGUUAAUGGCCACCUGAAGGAGAGCAUCCUUAAAGCCCUGGAGGAGGAGAGCGCCAUCAAGGGCUGGUUCAGCCCCUAUCACCGGAAGCGCCAGUUUGGCAACCCCCGCAACAUGGAGACCUUCGGCAGCAAGGUGCUGAAGUACGUGGUGCUAGGGGCCGGGAGCCCCCCUAGGCUCCACGAGGACUGGGAGAGCUUCAUCCGCGACCUGCAUGCCCGCCUGGAGAGGGUCUACUUCCCCGACACGGUGGAGGAGUGGAUGGAGGAGAAUGUCAACCCCUACCUGGACCAGCUGCGGGACCUGGUGCGGGACUACCGGGCCAUCAUCCGCCUCAAUGCCAGACCCAAGGCAACAUAG